GCUGUUGUAAGAAACCAGAUCCUUUUGACCAUAUGCCAAAAUCUUUGCUUUUUUAGCCCCUUCGAUAGUUUUAUGAGAGACUUUCCUACAUUCUCAUCUUGUAAGUUCUGUCCACACAGUUUAUGAUUUUAGAAUGGCUCGCGUAAGGUUACCUGCUAUCGGCUGUGUCGACCGCCUCCGCCAAGAUGAGCCCCACAUAUGUAGCGUGCGGAGACAAUCUCUGUUAGUUCGUCAUCCCGCAUUUCUCUAUCAAGAUAUCAAGAUUUUGAUAAACGUUGAAAAAUCAUCAAUCAAUAUUAUGAAGAUGAAAUAUACAUACUCGAUACCAUUUCUUUUAACGGCAAUCUUCACUACUACUAUUCUGGGUAAAGAUAUUGAAAGACCUCUGCUAAAUAACAAUCUCGGCCCCAUAAUGCCUCCUAAAUCCGAAUCGUCUUCCGAUCCUAUUGGUGGUGGUGAUACAAUCAUUCUAUCAGAUGUUAUUGGUAAAGAUCGCAGUAUCAAUAUAUUUGCAGGCUUCACAAGAGAUAUAGCACCCAUAAGCCAGCGAAUCGCCAAUAAUGAUCAAAAUACUACCAUUCUUGCUCCCGUCAAUUCUGCGAUAAUGGGUUUACCUCGAAAACCAUGGGAAGAUCCAGAAGACUAUGAUAAACUUGGGUCGAAUGCGUAUGAGGGCGAAGAUGGAGAAGAGAGAGCCCAUAGGAAUCUGCGAAGAUUUGUGGAGGCUCAUAUCGUUCCUGCGAGUCCAUGGAAGGAAGGAGAGAAAGUUAAGACUCUACUUGGAGACGAAGUUUGGUGGGAGAAUAAGGAUGGUGUCAAGCAAGUAAGUUAAACGUAAUAUAUGCAGUCCAUACUUGCUGAUCUCUUUUGUAGUUGCAGCCCGGGAAUAUUGAGGUCUCUAGCAUGGCAGGUGAUGUUUAUAAUGGGCAAGUCUGGAUAUUAAAGGGCGUGAGGAGUUAUGCAUAAGUUGGGCGUUACUCGGACUUGGUCUUUUGAAUAACUAGUGGAUUUGGCUGGGUAUACAUAACUCAGAUGCUUUGCCCUUGCUGUUGCGUGUUGUGACGAGGAGGAGGAUCUUAGCUCUGCUUGGUAUAUUUAUAUGGCUUACAUAAUGAUAAUGAUUUCAUUUACGUAUUCGAAUCCUUGA